AUGGCAUUUAAGCCAGCCAACGGAUUAAAGGGUGCCAGCGGGCCAUACACCGUUUUGGAGGAGCCUCUUGGAUCUACUCGCCAUGUGAAAAUAAUCACCAUCGGAGCGGGUGCAAGUGGACUGAAUAUGAUACGUACUCUUCGCAACAACCUCCUAAACACCGAGAACGUUGUUUACGAAAAGAACCCAGAUAUCGGGGGCACUUGGUAUGAGAAUGGAUAUCCGGGCUGCCAAUGCGACAUCCCGUCCCACAACUACCAAUUUUCCUGGGCGACAAACCCUCAUUGGAGCAAGUUUUACUCAGAGGCACGAGAAAUCCAUCGUUACCUCAAAGAUUUGGCGGCUCGAGAAAAUCUUAAUAAUGUCAUCAAGUUGCAUCAUCAGGUCAAACAUGCCGAGUGGAAUGAGGAUGAGGGUCUAUGGCUAGUUCGUGUGAGAGACCUUACCACCGAUAUAGUCAAGACAGAUUCCGCUCACUUUCUUUUGGAUGGCUCUGGUAUCCUCAACAACUGGAAAUGGCCCGAUAUUCCGGGUCUACACACAUUCAAAGAUGUGGAAACGCUCGUUCACUUUGUUCGAUCGCCCAUUUGGGUAGCUCCUGCAGGCGUGGAGAGAAUGGCACAAAGUACAGCUGGCGAAGUUGUAUCGGAACUGGAACUUGAUGGAGAUCGAUUUACGACCGCUCAAAUGAGCAAGUUCGAGACGGACAAAGAACUUUACAACAGAUUCAUCAAAGCUACGGAGGAGGUGGUCAACAAUAAGUUUUCUUUUCUUGUUACUUCAUCUCCAUUAGCAGAUGUUGUGAAAGGAGAGAUGACCGAGUAUAUGACCCAGGCCUUGAAAGAUAACCAGGCGCUUAUCGACAAGUUAAUACCUGAUUUUCCAUUCGGAUGUCGACGUAUUACACCAAGCUCAGCAUAUCUGAAAGCCUUUCACAAAGACAACGUCCAGAUCGUAACCGAGGGUAUUGCCAAAAUCUAUGAAAAUGGUCUCAUAACAGACCAGGGGCAAAAUAUUGAAGUUGAUGCAAUAGUUUGCGCUACUGGAUUCAAUGUCUCAUUUUGUCCUCGCUUCCCAAUUAUUGGAAGAGAGGGCAACCUCCAAGACAUAUGGACACGAGAACUGCCAUCAUCUUACAUGUCACUUGCUGUCCCUAGCAUGCCAAACUACUUCAUCUUCUUGGGACCAAAUGCACCUAUCGGACAUGGCAGUGUACUGACCAUAACUGAGAACGUGGGAAAGUAUAUCACUCGGAUCAUUCGCAAGUGCCAGGAGGAAUGUAUCAAAUCUAUUUCUCCUCGACAGGACGUUGUGGAAGAAUUUGCCGAGCACAUCGCGGCUUUCAUGCCUCGAACUGCUUGGGCGGGAAACUGUAGUUCUUGGUUCAAGAACGGGAAAAAGGUUGGCCCUGUUACAGCUUUGCAUCCAGGAAGUCGUAUUCAUUGGUUCCACAUGCUGCAGAACUUCAGGGGAGAAGACUUCGAGUUUACGCACUGGUCCAAGAACAGGUUCCGAUAUCUGGGCAAUGGUUUUUCUACACUGGAAGCCGAGGGGAUGAACUCGACAUGGUACUUAGAUGACCCAGACAAAAUGCUCUGA